GACCGCCAUUAGCGACGUGCGGAUAAGGUUAUACUUACAAACGGUUUGUCGUGGCCAUUUGUUGUGAGCCGAACAAUGCCUUCCUCGAGUUAUGUCCAGGGAGACGUCAUUGACGUAACAUGUGGGCAGCUGACUGGAAAGCUACACAAGAACAAAUUCUACUGUCCCGGAAUACAUCGAGAAUGCAUCGAGCAGCCGGACGGGAAGUUCAUCUCACCCAAGAUGUUCACGAUAAUGGGAGAGAAAGAACGACUCAAGGACUGGAAGAAUGCUGUCCGGAUUCACGGACUGCAGUUGAGGAGGUACAUUGACUCCGGCCAGCUGGACUUCUACCGACACGAGGAAUACUGCACGGGUCGGUGUGUGGCGCGCACACCCAUCUCCAGCACCCCGGGGGAGAAAGUGUCAACCGCGUCCACCACCAACCGCCGCCGUUCGCUCACCGUGUCGCCUUUCAUUCCACCGGACUUCCCCGUCGAGAAGAAGCUGGUGCGCUCGCCUGUGCCGAAGGUGGAGUUUGUCGGAAGUAUUAAUGAGCACACCUAUUGUCACCUGCCCGACGACAGUGAGAGGCUUGCACCUGAGGAACAGGUGGACGUCAAACCUGAUAUGACGGUGCUGCAGAACUUCCUCAAGCGAUCAACAGCCUCAUUCUCAAAACCUUCAUCAACAGAAGCCAGCACAAGUAAUGACAAGAACGAAGAAAACAAAGAUGUGGCUGUUGGACUUGAUGAUAAACCUCUCGCGACCGAUCAACUUAACAUUCCCAUAGAGUUCAGUUCCAUCAACACUGCAGACUCGUCAUACAAGGACGAUAAAAACUUCUGGACUGGAAUCAUCGAGUUUGGGUUUCUCGACGUGUUUCUAGUCGACAUUAAAGACCAUAUCAACAUUCUGCGUAAAAAUUUGGUAACAGGUGGCCUGCCGGAAGAUUGCUACAAGAUGAGUGUGAUUGUGAGGGUGCUCGGUUUGAUGGACAAAUUUAAGAAAAAGAUGGCAACCUACAAACUUAGUAUGGAGAAACAAGAAGCCAAACUCGAAAAGGAAAUGGAAGAACUGAAGACACAAGUUGCCAUCUUUGAACGAAGAAAGGAAGCCUUGAAGAAGAAAUCGGAAAAAUUUAAAAGCCUUUUACAAAUCAACACGGAGUAUAAAGCCGAUCCCAACUCAUCUGCCGAAGGAUCAUCAAACAAGACCAGUUCCAUUGUAAGUAGCACCGUCUCCUUGGUGCCGAGACAGGGACAGGUGCAACCAGUAGUCUUGAAAACAAACAGCGAGGUGGAAGGUCUCAAGAUCAUUCAGACGACAUCUAAUGCAUCUAAUUCACUGUUGAGGAACAAAUCGUUUGUCAAAAAAGUUCUCCUUACCAGCGUUCCGUCGGACCAGAAGAACGAUCUGAAGCAGGUAACUGUGACGAUCGCCCGCCUCAAAGAGUGUUUGGAGGGUAAUAAGAAGGUGCCCGUUGCGCAGGUAGUCGACGUGAACAGCGCGAUGGAAGGCGUGACGCCGACAGUAAUGGAGAAGAGUGUGUAUGUUCCUCCUCAAGCAGCUACUUCGGAAGAAGUAAUUGCGGACACGGAAUUGGAAACUGAUGUGGUUGAUACAACUUCGGACAAUUUAAACAAAGACGGUGUUCCAAUCUCCACAGAGGUUGUCUCGUCGUCUCCUGAAUUCACAGCAACAGCAAAUACAUCAACAGAGUCAGAAAAAUCAUCAUCAUCGUCAAUGACGACGACAUCUUUGGCUCAGUUGGUAGCAGAAAAGCUGGACGGAAGAUUUUACAUCGAUGGAAAACCGAGAAUGAAACGGAUAAAACUAAACAGCACAUUUCAAAAGACAAACACAGCCGUUAAGGAUAAACUGAGAGACCGACUGAAGACGGGUCCUCCGGUAGUCGAGGAUGGUGAGGGCGAGACAUCUAAACAGACUGGGUUUACAUGUGAUGACACGUCUGAUAAUGAUUCCAACGAUACAUCCAGCGAAGCAAAGAGAAGGAAAGCGGAGGAGUCCACCGAUGAAAACCAGAAAGAGUUGGUAGAUAAGGAGACAAGAAUACCGUUCUACGGAGUCAAGCGCAAAACCAUCACGGAAAUCAUCGUCUCCAAGGAGAUUGCUGAAAGCACUAAACAUAUUCUCCGCGGCGCUAAUGAGAUCAUUCCCGGAAAUGUCCCGAAAACUGUGAAAAGGGACAGUGAGUGUGAUAUAUCUAAACAGACUGAGUCUACGUGUGAUGGCACAUCUGACAAUGACUCCACCGAUACGUCCAGCGAAGCAAAGAGAAGAAAAACAGAGGAAUCGACCGAUGAAAACCAGAAAGAGCUUGUGGAUAAGGUUACUGGAAUACCGUACUAUGGCGUCAAACGGAAAACCGUCACAGAAAUCAUCGUCUCCAAGGAGGUUGCCGAAAAGACGAAACAUAUUCUCCGAGGCGCCAAUGAGAUCAUGUACGAAAAUAUCCCGAAAACUGUGAAAAAUGUGAUCGAUUCAGGCGUUAAGGUGGAAAAGCAAAAGGUUACGGUGAAGAAAUCUGUGGAACGGAAGGAUGAGAAGGACCACGUUUUCGAGGUGAAGUCUGAGAACGGAAAUGUCGGUUCAAAGACGGAAAUCUCCUGUCAGACGCCGCUAGAUGGCAUCAGAGAGAAAGUGAUCGACUCCUCGGUUGUAGCUAGUCGUCGGUCAUCGAGGAAAACACCACAUCUGUUCACGUGGGGCUCGAAAACAGAUAUUGUUAAAAAGGUUUUGUGAGUAGGAUCUCCUUACAUGGGGCUCAAAGAAACCGAUAAAGCUGCAAAUGUACACAGAACUAACCACAUCUGUUUACGUGGGGCUCGAAAAUAGAUAUUGUUAAAAAGGUUUUGUGAAUAGGAUCUGAUACAUGGGGCUCAAAGAGAUAAAGAAACAGAGAUACAUAGAUUUCUAUCUGUCUGAAAUAUAUUGUUAAUGUGAUCUCUUUAUACAGGGCUAAAAAAGAAGAAUGAAGAUACAUACUAUUUCUACAUUUGUCUCAAAUAUACUGUUAAAAACCUUUAUGAACCCUGUCUAUUUAAGGGAGAGUCAAAGAUAGACAUUGUUGAAAAGGUUUUAUGAACCCCAUCUGUUUACGAAAAUAGAUAUUGUUAAAAAGGCUUAUGAACCCCAUCAACCUCUUUACAUUGGUGGGAGGGAUUAGCCCAGUGGUAAAACACUGGCCUGAUGCACGGUCAGUUUGGGAUCAAUCCCCGUCAGUGAGCCCAUUAGACUGUUUCUCAUUCCAGCCAAUGCACCAUGACUGGUAUAUCAAAGGAUGU